GCAAUGGAUGAUUGUCUUGUUUUCUUUUGACCGCUUUGUUAUUAUGUUUGUUGUCAUAUGAUUUCGGAGAGUUCUGUUAAAUACAAUAUACAAUUCAAUCCAAAUCCAUUUACUAUCUCGGUUGUUCUGGAGUUGUAUCGAGUGAAUCUUUGUUAUUUACAGGUGGCGCUGAAGCCGACACUGAUGGCCACAGGCAUUUCCAGUCAGUACUUUCCUGUCCCAGAUCGUCCAACUUUAUUUUUUUUAAGAUUAAAUCAUGUCAGGUCCACCUCAUGGAUUUCCAUCAAGUUUUACCAAUGCUCAGCAAGCAGCCAUGAGAAACCCAUUUGUAGGAGGUCCGGGAGGCCAAAUACCAGGGUUGAUGCCCCCAACACAGCAGCCAGGUCCAAUGCCGGGAAUGGUGAAUCCCCAGGGAGUUGGGUACGGAAUGCAAGGAGGGGUUGGAGUGGGAAUGCAGCCGCAGAAUCCACAGCAGGUUGCCCAACAGAUGCUGCAACAGCAACAGCUCCAGCUCCAACAACAACAACAGAUGCAGCAGCAACAACAGCAACAGCAGCAGCAACAACAGCCCCAACAACAGCCUCCUCAGGUGGGAGUACCAACAACGCCUGUGGUGGGGGGCCCAGGGGUGGUGCCACCUGGUGGGAUACAACAACAACCCGGUGCUGCGCCACCCAAUGCCACCCAGCCUAAGGAGUUCAACACAGUAUCACUUUGCAAGUUCGGACAGGAAGUCAUCCAAGAUAUAGUAUCGAGGACAAGCGAGAUAUUUCAGACCUUGAAAACUAUUCAGCCUCCGAAUGGUACACCUCAAGGGGCCAAUGCCAGCAAUGAGAAGAAAGUCAAGGUUGCUGAACAACUCCGCCAUGUGAGGAUGCUGUUCAAGCGGUUGAGGAUAAUCUACGAGAAGUGCAACGACAGCUGCCAACUGCAAGGCAUGGAAUAUAUGCACAUUGAGAGUUUGAUUCCUCUGAAGGAAGAGUGGGACAUGAAGUCAGAAGAGCGCAAGAUGUCAGAACAGUACCGAGUCAGCUGCGAUGAGAGCAAAGAAGUCAUGGAGCAAGUAGUGCAGAAGAAUAAACACCUUAAGGAAAUAAUUGACCAUCUGAGGAGGAUAAUAUUUGAAAUCAACACAAUGUUAGCAAUGAGAAGAUCUUGAGGAUUUUUCUUUAUUUUUUUAUUUUGGGGUGAAUAUCUACAAGACUGAGAAGAUUUUAUAGUUAACUGAUCAAGAAUCAAGAAGCUUUUAUUGCCGUCCCACAAACAAUAUAUAGAAAAAUUCUUAGUUGUCUAAAUGUCACAUAAUAGGCUACCUAAUGUAUGCCUAAGCAAAAAAAAUUACAUACUAUCAAUAAAUUAGGUACAGUGAAAAAUACAAGUCAAAACUCUUAAGACUAAAUUAAAAAUUAAAAUAAAUCGUCAGUACUGCUAGAUAACAUCUCUGCAACAGAAUAGAAGGAGUUUUGCUUCAGCCACCUUAAAAUAACAUUUUAAAACUUUUUAUUAGUAAUAUUCCUACAACCUAAUGGUGAAGGAAACAGGAUUUUUCCUGACAUUUUCCAUCGUUCAGUGAUUAAAAAAGAAAUCAGUAACGCUACGUUUCGAGAUCUGCAAUCUGAUCUCUUCUUCAGGUAAAUAACUAACCUAACACAUAAUAACAAAGUAGUAACCUGAAGAAUAGAUCAGAUUGCUUUACUCCUUUGGUCAAUGGAUCUUACAGCCUUUGUGAUUUUGUUGGUUUUAUCAUUCCUAAAUGGCAUUUUGUUACUUGAAAUUUUAUUACUUGGGGUUGGCAAGGCUGAACUGAUUCUGUCACGUCUAGCAGACUGACCGAAGACGUCAGAAUCAACUACUGCUGAAGUCAAGUCACUAUUAUUAUACGGCCUAACCUCACCAGCCAACGAGUUAUUGUUACUAGUUUUUAAAAACACUGCACCAGAAUUGUCAAUAUUCUUUUCAGCAAACUUCAAAACAUGAGAAUAAGAAGCACGAUUGCUGCCAUUCGUUAAAAUAUCACCAAUAAGCCUAGGUAUAGUGACUCAAAACUGAGGCUAGCCUAGCAUUUUCAGCUCUCAAUAUUUCUGGUUGCAAAAAUUACGUUAGUUGUUCGUUAGAUCAAGAAUCUGAUCAGUCACUUUUAUAUGACUAAUGCACUAAAAAAGUCCAUUAUUUUCAUUAUCGAAAUUAUAAACUGGCAACGAAACAGGUAGCGGUGGCAUACUCACAGUAUAUUCACUCUGCUCUGGUUGCAGCCUACACUUGUCACACAAAAAAAUUAGCCUUUUCACCUUUAGAAAAUGAAUGACCAUAUAAAGUGAAAAGGCUAAUGAUUUUCCUGUGUCCUCGAAAUAGAACCAAUGCUCACAUUUUCCCUCACACAUAAUUCCACUAUUGUUUCUUGUAAUCUUUUUUGGACAAGCUCCACAACACUCUUACUCGCCGGUGCCAUCUUGGUCAACCACUGAUGUCAUAAGACUAUCAUAACUAUGUUAUAAAGAUGUCAUAAGUUAUCUCUCAGAGCGAAUUGUGCACAAUCUCACCGCAUGGUGUACAAAUCUCGGUUGUAAUGUAUUGUAACGUUGUGAAACCUGUAUGUUAGUGUAUACUGUGGAUAGCAUCUUUGUCAAUUAUGUUAGUUUGUAUAUUUUGUAUAUAAUACGAUUAAAUUUUAUGUUAUGUAUUAAAAUAAAUGUUUCAAUUGAA